UAUGUACCAACAGAAAAAACUAUUAUUUGUAUCCCAAAGUGACACAACAUUUCUCUGGAUUAUCUUACUACUUCUGACAGUCGCAUCGUCUUCAGAUGCUGUAAGUCUAUCCGGGUCGUCUGAGUACGCUGUCCCUGGGACUGAGUUUACACUGACGUGUGAUGUACCAGAGGAGGCCAUCAUUGUCCUGUUUUACGGCCGUCCUGACGUCACUACUCCAGUAGGUAGUAUACCAGUAGGUGGUGACCAAUGUUACAACAGCCAAGUCUACCCACGCGUCCCCUGUACACCUGAUGUCUGUUCCUGUGUAACGUCUGGAGGCCUUGGUACAGUGUUCAGGUGGAUCAUACAGCCACAGACGGGAGACCAUGGAUCUGUGUGGUACUGUACACGUACCAACUUUAACCUACCUGAUCAAACACUGGACAGUGAUGAUUAUACACUUAAUGUGGCAGACGGUCCCGGAACCUCUAUAGCUCUGUCCCCGCCCGACACUACCUACACCAGGACAGAGGGGGACACGUUACCGGACAUCACCUGUACAUCCGACUGUAGACCUGGCUGUACCUUUGUCUGGACACGACCGGACAACACCAACUUUACUGUCUCACCUGUGUUGUCACUGGGACAACUGGACAGAUCAGAACACGGGACGUACAGGUGUACUGCUAGGAAUAUUGUCGAGGAGUCGACUAUAAUAACCAGUGUAACUGUACAGUAUGGACCUGGAGACAGUAUUGUAUUUGAUCCACCACAAGACAGUGUAGACAUUAUUGAGAAUCAGACCAUCUCCGAUGUCAGGUGUUCCGCCGACUGUAGACCAGUGUGUAUCUACACCUUGUCUAGAUCAGGUACAGAUUACACAAACCCACUGAGUCUGUCUGUGGCCACGAGGAACAACGCCGGACAAUACACGUGUACAGCCAGAAACACUGUCAGUCAGGGAACAAAGACUUGGAACCUUAUUGUCAGAUUUCCACCACGAAUUCUCAGUCUUGAUUACACUGACGGUGAUUCUUACGUGGCUGAAAAUGGACCCAAGUCACUGGUGUGUUCGGUGGAGAGUUUCCCUCCGUCCACAAUACAGUGGUUCUAUAAAGCCAACAACACAGUUCUACUGACCACCCCAGACGUCCUGGAGAGUACAUACACCCUGACUAACGCUGACUGUCUGGACACCGGACUCUACACCUGUUCUGUCAGAAACAGUGUCUCUACCACAGCGGUCACCAGGGAUAUACCGAUCAACGUUCUGUGUGAACCACGUCGAGUCGCGAGAAAUGAAACUGACCAAAAGUAUAAUUUAGCAACAGGUGAUAUUUUGGUCAUGAAUGCCUUGUUCCUCUCGAAUCCGGAGCCAACUUUCUCUUGGUCCUUCCAAGCAUCACCGGGCACAGUUGUUACACCUUUAGUCGACGGAACAGACAAUUUUGCUAUCCAUAACACCUUUGUGGUGAUGAAUCUUUUUUUCGUAUCGGUUGGGGCACGUACAUAUAUACGGGAGACCUGGUAUGGUGUCUACAGUGUAACGGCGACGAAUAGCCAGGGCAGUAACACGUUCAGUUUUAUAGUGGAAGGAAAAAACAUGCCGAAACUGCCGAAGAGCUUAUCAGUUAGCUGUGGGAAUCCCCAUUCCGUCGAACUGAUGUGGACAAAUGGUGGAAACACCGAGUACUUUCGUGUUUUAUACAGCACCGACAAUUUCCUACAGUCAGUUAUAGAUCCAGCGACGAUCUUCAAACAGGUGGACGGAAAUGACGUGUACAGUGUAACUAUCGACACACUAGAUGGGGGACAGCUGUACUUCUUUAAGGUUGUGGCAUACAACUCGGACGGUAACAUCACAUCACUUGAGUCUUCAGGAUGUAGAGUCCAGGAAGAUACAUGUAGCCCUAACAGCUUGUACGUAACAGGAGUUGUACUGACGUGUAUAAGCGGCCUCAUGAUCACGCUUACGUUUGGACUUGGAAUCUUCAUCACUCGAAAAGGGUGUCUGCCAUUCUGUUCCAGUAAAUGUCAGCAACGCAAGAGCCAGGAAUUCGAUAACGUGCAACUUUCAGGACGAGCAACGAUUACACAAGAAGGCGAAAGAUCGUACCAGGAACUUGAUACAAGCCAAGUAGCCAAAGCCUCAGUAUAUUCUGAAAUAAGAACACAAGAAAUUGGAGGUAACAAUGACAAUGAAGCCAAUCAGAGCAGUAACUACGAGUCGUUGGAAGGACGGUCCAAACCAAACGUCUAUGAGGAGCUACAAACUGCUUCAUCUGGUAGCAGCGCUUUAUACACUAAUACCACCAUAGCGAAGGGCACUGCUUAACAUGACAUAUAAAACGUCACAAGGAAGAUUUAGUUUACUUUCUGGGAAUGUUAACACGUACAAACGAAAAAGAUGUUUUGAGAAGUUAAUGCCAUUUAGUGUCACACAUUUAUUUGUCAGUAUUUAAUACACUAGUUUGAUGUUGUCAGUAUUUGAUACACUAGUUUGAUGUUGUCAGUAUUUGAUACACUAGUUUGAUGUUGUCAGUAUUUGAUACACUAGUUUGAUGUUGUCAUUGUGUGAUUCGUUGCGACCAGGAAACACAUUUCCGCUUAUUUCAGUGUGCUUCAUAAUCCCGGUAUCGUUCGUGUCAAGUGGGAUCUGAAAUGUACAGGAAGAAUGUAAACGAGCCAAAAGCGUGCAACUGAAGUGGGUUCAUAUAUGAUUAAUAUAAAAUGUCCAUGUAUCUAGGUUACCAGCGAAGUACCUUUAAAGUAGAAUCGGGAUAAACAUCUAACAUCAUGAAAAUCCAUAUAACUUUUUGCAGAUUUUUUUCAUAAACUGAUAUCGCGAUGGUGAUAAUAACAUUUAAUACAGGAAAAAAGCAAUAUAUUUUAUCCUUAAAUGUGAAAUUUAUAAUUUCGAGAAGUUAACGUCUAUUAGAGAUACCUAGUAUUGUCAGCGUCAAUGAUUGAUUUGUUUUAAAUGGAUUUGUAAAACAUCCUCUUUGUGACGUCAUAUUUACGUUACCGUCGAGUAAAGCAGUACACGACAGGUUGUCCCUGCACAGUUUCCUUACCUAUUGUAUUCCUGUCACACACAAAGAGCUGUUUGAAGAGAAAUGCAUUUUUGAUUUGUUAUGCAUAAUAUGGUACUUUAUUUUUCACAUUAUAUGUCAAACCAGAACAGACACAUGCUAAAUAUCUAUAAAGAAUUUCUUUGAAAAAAUAUCUAUACAAAUCAUGGAAAAAGUCCACAAUAUUUGCAUAUAGAGUUACUGCAGUAGUGUAAAAUUUUGUGUUUUAUGAACUUGAGAAAUGCAUUUUUGAUUUGUUAUGCAUAAUAUGGUACUUUAUUUUUCACAUUAUAUGUCAAACCAGAACAGACACAUGCUAAAUAUCUAUAAAGAAUUUCUUUGAAAAAAUAUCUAUACAAAUCAUGGAAAAAGUCCACAAUAUUUGCAUAUAGAGUUACUGCAGUAGUGUAAAAUUUUGUGUUUGAUGAACUUGAUUUCAUAUAGAAGUUACCAUUAUGCUGAGUUCUGAUACCUGAUUCACAUCCAAAGCAUAGUUUGUAUAACUGACUGUGGUGAUGUACAAUUCGAGACGUAUUAGAUGGAUUAACUUACAUUUAUAUAUUGUAUGGAAUAUAUUAUAUAUAUAUAUUUCUUUUAAACUUCAUCAUUCGAACAUAACUUGCUCUCCAACACAGGAUGAUAUUUUCAUGAGAUCUGUUUUCUUAUAUUCAUUUUAUUGUUUAGAGUUUGAUAUCAGAUACUUGUGCUCAACCAUGUUUUUUUUCAAACAUCAACGAAUCUUAAUAAUGUCUUUUUUUUUUCUGAUUUCCAAUAGCAUAUAUAAAGUUCAAGUUAAUGGCUUAAAAAUGAUAUAUGUUCAAACCAUAUCACAAUCAUUUCUUUUUACAUAAUCUCACAACUUGCGUCUUUAGCAUAACAAUGUAAAACUUAUAACACCAUACCCUACUCAUCUUGUGAACUUAUCAGACAUCAUAGGAACUUAUUUAGAUAUUUUAGUAUACAGUUUUUGAAAGUCGUAUAAAUGCCAUGUUGUUUAGAGAUAGUAUUUGUUUACUUCAUCUUUAAAGGCUUUAUGUGGCAUAUUGUGUAUAAUGUCUAACAUAACUCGUGAUUAUGACUAAAGAAAGACAACUCCUACGAAACGUUAACCUUAAGGUCACAGGUCAAACAGCUUGUAAACGACAUGUGAUGUUAUUUAUUACUUAAUUUCUAUGGCGAAUACACUUUCAUGUUUCUUUAGUAAAAUGCGUCCUUUUUAAAACUAUGUUGUUGAGUCACCUUCCAAUCAAAGAACCAUUAGUUUGUUGGUGUAGACUACAUUAUGUAGAAGUGUCAACUUGAAUGAUUUACCUUCUCCCAGUUUUGAAAACACGUUUUGAUAUAAUAAUUCUUAUUUUUGCUGCACUUUACAUUGUACUUUUUUUUAGUUAAGUGUGUAUCAAUACCUUUUUUCUGUUUGCAAGGUAUAACCUUUUUUUAUUUCCAAUAAUUAUGUUCUCGCAUUUUACAAAAAAUCGUUUUCGUAUAAUUGUUCUUAUUUGUGCGGUGCUUAUAGUUAGUAGUUUUGUAAAGUAUAAUAUAUGUCAAUAUUAAUUGUUAAGAUUUUUUUCUAUAAUAUUUUAUCAAAUUUAGAAUUAAGUUUUGAUAUAUUACAGAUUGAUUGUAACUGAAUGUAAAUUUGAUUCCCUUCGGAUUUGUAACCAAUUACUCAUUUGUGUAUUCAUUUUUUUUUUAUUCUAGAAGCUCUGGUAGGCCAUUGUACAUUUGUCUCAAGUGAUAUAAACUUAUUGUUUAGUACACCUAAUCAAUCAUAGUUAUAUCUGAUUUAGUCACCAGUUACUUUCAAGAAAACAUUAAGUUAGUCGCUCUUGAUUCUUAACUCGUAAAAUAUAUAGCGUGUUAUAGGGACCAACCAACCAAUUGUUUUCCCAUAGGCUUUAGUGUUAACGUUUUGGAGUAUUUCAUUCAAAUUCUUGAAUUCAAUAUGACAAUU